GUGCGGGCCGCGCCGGGCAUGUCCUAGGCGGCGGCCCCGCCCAGCGCUCGGCCGGCCGGGCGGGAGGGCCGGGGCCGAGCCGGGGCCGAGUCGGGACCGAGCCGCAGGGCCGGACGGGCCUCGCCAGCGCCAGGAUGAGCGUCACCUCCUGGUUCCUGGUGAGCAGCAGCGGCGCCCGCCACCGGCUCCCCCGAGAGCUUAUCUUCGUGGGGCGCGAUGAGUGUGAGCUCAUGCUGCAGUCCCGCAGUGUGGACAAGCAGCAUGCUGUCAUCAACUACGACCAAGACAGGGACGAGCACUGGGUCAAGGACCUGGGCAGCCUCAAUGGGACAUUCGUGAACGAAGUGCGCAUCCCGGACCAGAAAUACGUUACGCUGAAGCUCAACGAUGUCAUCCGAUUCGGCUACGAUUCCAACAUGUACGUGCUGGAGCGGGUGCAGCACCGAGUCCCCGAGGAGGCACUCAGGCACGAGAAGUACACCAGCCAGCUACAGGUGAGCGUCAAGAGCCCGGCACCCAAGAGGAGCGAGGCUGUGCCGGAGCAGGCGCCUUACUGCGAGGCCGUGAUCCCCAGGCCAGAGAGGGGGGACCGGAGACCGGGGCCAGAGGCGGCGGCCUACCGCACACCACUGUAUGGGCAGCCCUCCUGGUGGGGUGAGGACGAUGGUGGCAGCCCGACGGAGGAACGGCGCCAGGAUGAGCCCGACACGGAGCGGCCCAAGGAGCUGGCUCAGCAAGACAGUGACCUCGUGGGGACCACGGCCGCCUUCCGGGCCCCUGCGGAGCCGCAGGGCUACUCGUUCCGGCGGGAGCCCAGCUACUUCGAGAUCCCCACCAAGGAGACCCCCCCGCCGCGGGCCCCAGAGGUGCCGGCACACGAGGCACCCACCAGGGAUGCGGAGGCGGGCGGGGGUGGGGUGGCCCCCGUGGUGCAGAGCCACGCCUGCUUCACCAUCGAGUUUGACGACUGCAGCCCCGGCAAGGUGAAGAUCAAGGACCACGUCACCAAGUUCUCCCUGCGCCAGCGCCGGGCCCCUGGCAAGGAGCCCACACCCAUCGAGGUGGUCUCUGCGGAGACCAAGGUGGCCGACUGGCUGGUGCAGAGCGACCCCAGCCUGCUGCACCGGGCCGGCCCCGCCGACGACCGGCACAGCACCAAGAGCGACCUGGCGGUGCACACGCGCACCCUGAGGGGCCACAAGCACGAGGACGGCACGCAGAGCGACUCGGAGGACCCCACGGCCAAGGUGUCCGGGGCAGCUGGGCUCCCCUCAGAGGCCAGCGGGGAGCAGGUGCGGCUACAGAGGCAGCUCAAGCGGGACCCCCAGGAGCUGCUGCACAGCCAGCAGGCCUUCGUCAUCGAGUUCUUCGAUGAGGACGCGCCCCGCAAGAAGCGUUCCCAGUCCUUCACGCACGCGCCGCCCGGGGACUCCAGGCCCGACAGGCGCCGCGGCCCCGGGGCGGCCGACAGGGACCGCCCGGCCGCCCCCGCCGCGGCCUCGGCCCGGGGGGCGGGCAGCAGCUCGGGGCCGCAGCGGGCCGGCUCGCUCAAGCGGGAGAAGACGGAGGAGAGGCUGGGCAGCCCCUCGCCCACCGCCCGGGCCCCCGCUCGCCCUUUCGGCAGCGUGGGGCGCCGCUCCCGCCUGGCCCAGGACUUCGUGGCCCAGUGCCUGCGGGAUGGCUCCCCGGCUGCCCGGUCAGGCCCCGAGAAGACCCCGCCGACGCUGCCCGCCCCCCCACUGCCCCACAGGGCCGGCCCUGUGGCCCCCUCGCCCCCACCGCCACCCCCUGCUGACCCCCAAGUGACGAAGGCACGCAAGCAGGAGGAGGACGACAGCCUCAGUGACGCGGGGACCUACACCAUCGAGACGGAGGCGCAGGACCGGGAGGUGGAGGAGGCCCGCAAGAUGAUUGACCAGGUCUUCGGGGUACGGGAGUCCCCUGAACUCUCCAGAGCGUCCUCGGCCGCCUUCCGUCCAGUUAUCAGAGGGGACAGAGACGAGCCUGGUGACGGAGUGGCCCAACGGAUGGCCUUGCUGCAGGAGUUUGCCUCCCGGCCAGUGGGCGGGACCCCCCAGGUGGAGCCCCAGGGCCUCCCAGUACCAGGCUCUCCCGGGGGUCAGAAGUGGGUGUCCCGCUGGGCCAGUCUGGCCGACAGCUACUCGGACCCAGGCCUGUCAGACGACGGCCCCGGGCGUGGAGCCAGAGAGCCGGAGGGAGCCCUGCCUGUGCGCCAGCGACGGCUGCUCCCACAGCCGCCCGGCGACAGGGUGCACAGCCCCGCCGGCCCCGAGGCCACCAGGAGGAGUGGGCCGGGGCCGCCGGAGCUGGGAAGCGGGCAGGCCGGCCUCCUCCUGGGACCCGAAGACCUGGAGCCCGACAGCCUCAGCGAUGCCAGUGGGUCGGACGGAGGCCAGGGCCCUGAGCCAGGCGGGGGCCUGCAGGAAGAAAGGCGCGGGAGCCCCCAGGAGGGACUGGCGUGGACGAGGGGCCGGCGCUCACCGAGGGCCCCUGGGGAGCCGGCCCCCACCUCGUUCUUCGUCGGGGACCAGAAGGAGGAGGCGGCCUUACCCAGGAAAGCGACUGUGGCUCCAGGGCAGGUGGAGGGCCCAGGGCGGGCAGCGCAGCCCAGCCCCCCGACACGGGACAGCGUGUACGUCAGCACCCGUGGGCGGAUGGUCGUCCAGCUGCGGACGGGGCAGUCCCCGGAGCCCGAGGGCCCCGCCCCAGCGCCCCCCAAGGAGGCCCCGGCGUUCGUCCGGCAGGAGAGCUUCACCAAGGAGCCGGCCAGCAGCCCCGCAGCUCCUGGCCAGCUGCCGUACAUCCGCAGCCACCCGCUCCUGCAGGACCUGGCCGUGGCCCGGGCCUCGCGCGUGGACCCGCACCCUCAGGACACCCAGCUGAUCCUGAAGGAGACAGAGACGGCGCUGGCCGCCCUGGAGGCCAGACUGCUCUCCAAGUCCGUGGAGGAGCCGGAGGGUGAGCUGGGCGGCGCCCCCGGGCCGCCAGAGGACUCCCUGUCCGGGGACUCCGACGUGGACACAGCCAGCACCGUCAGCGCGCUCAGCGGCAGGAACGGGCCCAGCGCGCAGCCCACGGGGCCGCGGAGGGAGAAGCCGCCAUCCCCGCCCGCAGCGCGGGACCCGGGGGGCGCCGGCCUGAGCAGCGCCCGCGAGCGCCUCUCCGAGAAGCAGCGUCGCCCGCCGGGCCCAGCGGACGCGGGCCACGGGGAGCCGGCAAGGCGCCUGGCCGCGCGGCGUGGCCACGGGCCCCGGGGGUCCCUGGACUGGCCCGAUGAGGAGCGAGGCUCCAAGCUGGCCCACCUGCCCGGUGUGGACACGGUCACUUCUGACCACGAGACCUCCGGGGCCGUGGGGGCAGGGCAGUGGGGGCCUCGCCGGAAACCCACGGCCCCACCGCCAUCCCCUGCUGCCCGGGAGGAACAGAGCCGCGGCUCAGCUGGCGUCCAGAAGGUGCAGCAGGCGCUGACCCGCUCCAACAGCUUGUCCACCCCACGGCCCACGCGGGCCUCCCGGCUGAGGCGGGCCCGGCUGGGGGAUGCCUCGGACACGGAGGCCGCAGAUGGCGAGCGGGGGCCCCCAGCCAACCCCGAGCCGGCGGGGCAGCCGGCUGCCGAGCAGGCCAAGAAGCUGUCACGCCUGGACAUCCUGGCGAUGCCCCGCAAGCGGGCCGGCUCCUUCACGGGGCCCAGCGACGCGGAGAUGGCCCCCACCCGCGCCGGCUUCUCCGGCCGCAGCGUCGAGUUGUACUGUGCCGGCCGCAAGCCCGCCGUGGCCGAGGCUCGGGCCACCGCCAGGAAGGCCGCCAACACCACCACGGUCCCCCGCCAGCCCUUCAGCAGGGCCCGCCCGGGCAGCGCCCGAUACUCCUCACCCAACGUGCGUCACCGGCAGCAGGGCUCGGAUUGCACGUCCACGUCCGAGGAGGAGUACGGCUCCCACCACGGCUCCCCCAGACACACCCGCCCCCACGCCUCAGCAGCCACGCAGACCCCACGGGCCGGCGGCUCUGGCCGGGCCCGAGCCCGGGCCCCUGGCCUCCGGGACACAGAUGACGAGGAAGAAGAGCCCGACCCUUAUGGUUUCAUUGUGCAGACAGCCGAGAUUGCUGAGAUCGCCAGGCUGAGCCAGACGCUGGUGAAGGACGUGGCCACCCUGGCCCGCGAGAUCCACGACGUGGCAGGAGACGGCGACUCGCCGGGCUGCCCGGGGCCUGCCCACAGCCCCUCUCGCGCCAGUGCGCCCGGCACCCCCGCCUCCACCAUCUCCGCCCGUGAGGAGCUGGUGCAGCGCAUCCCCGAGGCCAGCCUCAACUUCCAGAAGGUGCCGCCCGGCGCCCUGCGCUCUCAGGACCUGGACCAGAACAUGAACGACCGCUGCGAGGACACCCUGGCCGGCAAGACGCGGCUUCGGAACCGUGAGGAGGCAGGCGCCCCUCCCCUCGGAGAGCUCGCUCUGGGCUCUGGGCCGCGGCAGGGCGUGGAGGGCACGGGGCCUCCUGGGGCGCCCAGGCGCCGGGCUGAUACCGGGUCCUCGCAGGUAAUCUUCGAUAACCUGAUGCUGAACCCCGUGUCCCAGCUGUCCCAGGCCAUCCGCGAGAACACGGAGCACCUCGCUGAGAAGAUGAAGAUCCUCUUUCAGAACACAGGGCGAGCCUGGGAGGACCUGGAGGCCAGGAUCAACGCGGAGAACGAGGUGCCCAUCCUGAAAACGUCCAACAAGGAAAUCAGCUCCAUCCUGAAGGAACUGAGGCGAGUGCAGAAGCAGCUGGAAGUCAUCAACGCCAUCGUGGACCCCAGUGGGAACCUGGACCUGCUGACCGGAAACCGGGGUUCUGCGGGCUCGGCCCUGCCGGCGAGGAGCUUCCCGCAGCGGGCGAACUGCGGGACCCCCGGCCUCCCGGACCCCUCCUUCCUCCCCGACACGGAGCGGUUCCUGAUCUAGGUGGUGGGGCCGGGCGGCCUCCCCACAUCCUGGGCCUGGACAGUUCACCACAAAGACUCCCACACGUGCCAUAACCCCGUGGGUGCCCAGGUCCCCCCUCAGCUCCCAGCGCCACCCCCCCCCCGCCCCGCUGGCCUCCUGGCCCAGCUCCCGCUGUGGCCGAUGCCAAGGGCCAGUGUCCGGGCAUGUGCCCAGCCUCCUCUCCAUCACUGUUAUUUUGUCGUUAGCUUUCAAGGAAGGGGUAGUUUGUGCCAUUGCAGCAGCCUCCCAGGCCCGGAGGGUCCCGCUCUGCCUCGUGGGCUGGGGGACACGUGCGUACCCGCCCUGUCCCUCUGUGCUGGCCGGGACCGGGUGGGGGGAGAGGACUGGGCGAUGCGGUCUUUCAGUGCCAAACAGAGCGGGGUGGCGGGGAGACGCCUCGUGACGCCCCGGGACUUGAGGCGGCAGAGUGCAGGCUGGGCGGGGCAGGGUGAUGGCAGCUCCCAGCCUCCCCAGAGCCUGGUGGCCCGGGGCAGGGACGCAGCCUGUGGAAGCAUUGGUGGCAGGAACCCCGCCGCUUCGAGCCUUUGGUGCCAACACAACUGCCAAACUCACUGAGCGCGUGGGCCGGGCACUGUG